AUGACCCGUGGUGCCCCGUGCGGAUUGAACAUCUGUUUCCUGAAUUGCGAGACAGCGGAUUUCGGAAGGAAAGCAAGCAUGAAACCGGUCGUUCAUACUUCUCCUUCUUUCUUUAUAGUAGGUAAACUGCAAGGUCUCAGCAGCAAAGACAGACUCGGGUUGUACUGCGUCUCCCCUGCUGCUUGCUGUGCAAUUACCGACAGAACUGAAGGCUGUUUAAAGACUAAUUCAACUCCAUUCCUUCUAAAGUCGCCUGCUUAUGCGCUACCUCUGCAAGAUCGGCAGCAAGAGUCAGGGGAGGCAGCAGCAGAAGAGGGAGGAUCCGCAGCAGAUCCCAAUGAAAUCGAUAGACGCGCCACAGGGGUGUACGCGCAGCUUACUGAGGGGCCUUCGCUCGCUGUGCAGAACAACAGCCAAUUCUUUUCGCUAGCUGGAGACGCCGGCGAGGCCCGACAAGCGUUUGCUGCACCCUCCUCAACAGCGCUGCUGCACGGCAGAAACAUCACAGAAAGCAACGCUGCUGCUACUGAAACCCAAUCAGAACAGCAGCAGCAGCAGCAGCAGCAACAGCGGGCACAUACUACUGUCAGUUGCGAGACGCUCAACAGCACUCCAACCAGACAGACGCUGGGCCACAGCAGUGUCGCAUACACUGCAGUAACCCCAGUCAACUCAGGCUCCAACAACAACUGCAGCAGCAGCAGCAGCACAAACAGCAGCAGCAGCAAACCAUUAUCACCCUUGUCGCCGCAACCUGCAAAUGAAAUGCUGCGGCUGCUCCUCGCUGGCGUUCCCCCAGUUGCUGCUGAAGUGCAGCAGCGCAGCAGCCGCUCAAAUACCACUGAAGAAGAGACUGCGCCUGGACAGCUUCAGCAUUUCGCCUCAAAGGACUUCAAAGCAGGAGCAGAGGCAGAAGCAGCAGCAGCAGCAGCAGCAGAAACAGCAGCAGCAGCCACAGGUGAAAGCGUCACCUCGAGGGCCCCUCUUAGUCGAUCUGGGAAGCGGCAAAGGACAGCUGAGCCGCUUUGCACGGAGGUGAAGAUACACUGCAAGAAGAACAAGGGAAUGAAGGAAAAGAGUUCGCAUGCACUAUCUGAAGAAGAAAUAGACGAAAGGCUAAGCGCAGCCAUCGCUAAACUUGUUGAGAAUUCCCCUGAAUUGAACGAAAUUUUCUACUACGCAACAACCGAUCCCAGCGCAAUUGAAGUACCUCUUUAA